ACAAUGGGAGGAAAUGUUCAUGAUGUGAAUACAAUGGGAGGAAAUGUUCACGAUGUGAAUACAAUGGGAGGAAAUGUUCAUGAUGUCACUACAAUGGGAGGGAAUGUUCAUGAUGUUACUACAAUGGGAGGGAAUGUUCACAAUGUCACUGCAAUGGGAGGAAAUAUUCAUGAUGUCAAUACAAUGGGAGGAAAAGUUCAUGAUGUGAAUACAAUGGGAGAAAAUGUUCAUGAUGUGAAUACAAUGGGAGGAAAUGUUCAUGAUGUCACUACAAUGGGAGAAAAUGUUCACAAUGUCACUGCAAUGGGAGGAAAUGUUCACGAUGUCAAUACAAAGGGAGGAAAUGUUCAUGAUGUGAAUACAAUGGGAGGGGAUGUUCAAAAUGUCAGUCUAAUGGGAAUGGAUGUUCAUGAAGCCACUUCAACUGGACAAACUGUCCGAAAUGUCACUUCAGUGGAAAGUCAUGCCGAUAAUGUCACAACAAUGGGACAUAAUGUCGAUGAUCACAUUACAAUGGGAGGGAAUGUUGAUAAUGGACCUACACUAGGACAAAAUAUUGAUGCUAUAUGGAGGAGUGACAAUGGUGUCACAACAUUGCCAGAGAGUGUUGAUGAUGUCACUACAUUAGGUGGGACUAUUGAUAAUUCUGGUGCAGCAAGAUUAGUAAUGUCAGGACAAUGUUUCAUCUGUUUGAUAGCACCAUUAUGGCUGUGUAAAUUGUUCAGAUAAAUAUUUCUUCGUAAUGGAU